CGCGCGCGCCAGUUUACUCCCAGCAAUCAUGAUCGUCGUGUUUUGAAAUGUUUUCAUUAGUCACUGGUAAAUUUUUAGUAGUAAUACACGCGUCAAAUUCUCAAUAAUCAUGGCUCGAGUUUUAAAUAAAUUGCUGCAAGUAUCUAAAUCGUCUCUCCUCGGUAACAAACACAUUGUUAAUCCUGUCAAGAGAAUCAUCGGCCGCGGAGUGACAUGUAAAGUGUCCCCGGCGCCGAACUACCAUCUGCGUAUCGCCUACAUGAGCGACUACGACGCGGUCAUGCACUUCAUGGCGGACACCUUCUUCAAGUCCGAGCCCUCGAUGGUCAACAUCGGCCUGGCCCAGCAAGACAGACCCGACCCGCUCCUCUUCCAUCAGAUGUUCGAGGGGGUGCACAACGGCCUGACCAUCAUCGCUCUGGAUCGCGACACAAAUUGCAUCGUAGGUGCGGCGGUCAAUAUCGAAACAACGAGAAACGACGUCGCCGAGCAAGAGCAUCUGGCCGAUCAGUACGACAGAGGGCCGGGUCGCGAUCUCGUCCGCUUCUUCUGCUUCUUGUCCCGUCAAGCCGAUCCCUGGAGCCGUCACAACACCCAGAAAGUCUUCGAGUGCGCCAACGUCGCCGUGCACCCCGAGCACCAGGGUCACGGCCUGGCCCGCCGCCUCAUCCAGGAGAGCUGGGUCCUCGCUCGAGACAUGGCCCACCGCUGCUUCCGCAUCGACGCCUCGAGCAUCUACACGGCGAAAAUCGCCGACGGCUUCAAGUGGCAGGAGAUCUACAGCUAUCCCUACAGACGCUUCUUCGAGGACGGCCGAUUCAUCUUCAAUCACAUCAAGGAGCCGCACACCGAAAUCAAGAUCUACACGGAUCGGCUGGACAACUGCGAGGACUACUACCCGCCCGUACUGAAGUGCAAAAAGAAAGCAGCGGAGACGACGACAACGACUUUGACCAAGUGUGCCUAGAGAGAGAAUGAGAGAGGGAACCGAGAGUGAGUGAGAGAGAGGAUACCAACACACACAGUAUAGCAGCAACACCAUGUACAUACGCACACUGUGAGAGAGCGAGAGAAAGCUCGCUAGGAAGGAAAAGGGUUUCCCAUACUUUUGUGUGUGUAUUACGUCUAAACGCAUACAUAGACAGACACACACACACACCUACGCACUACAGGAGG